AUGGUUGCGUUGGACUGUGAGAUGUGCAUCACGGAAGCGGGCUUUGAACUCACGCGGAUUAGUUUGACCGGCUUUCCCAGCGGCGCCGUACUGAUGGACGAGCUCGUACUUCCUCAUAAUCCAAUUUUGGAUUACAACACGCGGUACAGCGGAAUCACGUCAAAGAUGUUGGAGGGCUGUACCAAUCGACUGGAGGAUGUGCGGGAGCGCUUCCUGACACUGGUGUCAUCGGAAUGUCUGUUGGUGGGUCACGCGCUUGAGAACGACCUGGCCGCCUUGCGGACGUGUCACGGCCGUAUACUGGACACUGCCGUACUGUUCCCGCACCCUAAGGGACCACCCUUCAAGAGCGCGCUCAAGAUAUUGGCUCGUCGAUUUCUUCGUCGUACCAUUCAGGAUGGCGCGCACGACUCAGCGGUGGAUGCUCGUACAGCUCUGGAUCUGGCCCUGCUCAAGAUAAAACACGGCACGUGUGCUGACGGCUUGUAG